GAUCUAAAGUCACCUAAUGCUCAUUACAUAUGGAUUACAGGGAUCCAUAACAUUAUGACCUUUACCCUAUCCCUAUGACGACCUGAUCAAUACACGCACACACACACAUCCUUAUAAAUGAGACAACAGGCUGCUAGAGGAGGUCGCUGACACUGUCAGUGACUCAACAGAUUUGAGCCAUGAACUCUGACAAAGUGUGAAUAUCUGUUGUUGUAUGUGUGACCAGAUUGUGAGGACGAGAUGUUGAUGACGCUCAACUCAACUUCCGGCCCUCUGGACCUGCUGAUGAGUAAUACCAGCUCUGCACUGACAGGGGGCGCUGUGGCAGUGCCUAAAGACAGCUUCUCUAAUGCUCUCACCAAGAACAUAGUGGCCAUGCUGGUGUGGCUGGCCCUCAGUGUCAUCAACGGCAGCAUGGUGCACACCUUCCUGCAGCACAGACGCUUCUAUGAGAACCCCCGGUACAUCAUGUUCAUCUGCAUGGUGAUCAACGACGCUCUGCAGCUCAGCCUCGUAACAGCUCUCUACGUGGUCAGCUACAUCUUCAGGAAGAUCCACGCCUCUGUCUGCUGCUUUCUGAUCAUGACAGCGGUCCUCACCACCCGCUCUACGCCUCUCAUCCUGGCCGGCAUGGCCGUGGAGCGCUACAUCUCCAUCUGCUUCCCCUUGCACUACAGCCAGAUGUGCACCGUCCCUCGCACCCUCCUCCUCAUCGGUGUCAUCCUCAUCCUCACCGCCACACCGCCCGUCUCCGACCUCCUCAUCACCAUCGUCAACGAGCCUCUGAGUUUUUUCCACACCACCAUUUUUUGCGACCACCCACUUCUCUUUCGCCACCGGUCCAUCUACUACAAGAACUGUGUGUUUGACGGGGUCUACCUGUCCUUCGUGGCUCUGACGCUGCUCUACACUUACUGCAAGAUCAUGCUGACAGCACAAGCUGUCUCUACGGGCCUGGCCUCCGUGAAGAGAGCGAGGAACACUGUGCUGCUUCAUGGGGUGCAGCUGCUGCUGUGCAUGCUAGCCUUUGUGGUUCCCUCCCUUCAGGCUGCUCUCAUCUCCCUCUUCCCCCGCUUCAGUCUGGAGAUUCGUUACAUCUUCUUCCUGGUCGUCUACAUCAUCCCCCGUUUCAUGAGCCCUGUGAUCUACGGUUUCCGGGACGAGCAGUUCAGGAAGUACUGGACCCAGUACCUGGCUUGUAAGAGCCAAAGAACUGCCAGGGUCAGACCGGUUAUACUGAAAGUGAACCUGGAGGUGAAAUAACCAAAAUCAGAAAUCAGUUCCUCAAACCGCCACUUGAGACUGGCUCCAAAAGUGUGUCAAUCUCCAUAAGGCCCCAUAUUUAACUUUACAGCAGACGUAAACACACUUACAGCCUGGCAGAAAAUAUGCCCUGGGUUUCUAUAUGUGGGGUGAACCUUUAUAUAAUCAUCAUUUAAAUUAUAUUAAGUUUAAUUAUAAUAAAGUUAUAGUAAUUAAGAGCAUGGCUGUAUUGGGUGACAGGUGGGUUCUGUUUUCAGUAACCAGCCUUCAUUCAGCCUCAGCUCCACAUAAACACCACGUCUUUUCCCACUUUUGGAUUAGUCGGGUGCUGGUCGAGUCCAGACCGCCAAGAUGGCGAAGGCCAGAGUCGACCUCACUGAGCUUCACAGCGACUCUGACCAUUUUUAAUUAUACAGUCUAUGUGAAUGUACAAUUUAUUAUUCUCAUUAAAGAUAUAAACAUCUUUUUAAACAUGUAUCAUAAUUCAUACACUAUUGUAUAUGCAUGCUGUGCAUAUUGUAUAUACCGUCAUACACCAACCUCACGUAUAUAAAAAAACCUACUAUAAAUGAUUGAUUGCAGCAUCCUUUGCACUAUACUGUCAUACUGUCUACAAAUUAUAUGUUUGUUGUUUACCUGGCUAAUAAAAGUGACUCUGAUUCUGA